AUGAGUUUAUAAAAAGAAGUGAUUGUUCUAGAUGCAACAACAGAUCUCUUAAAAGACCCCAUUAGAUUAUUGCUUAUAUUCUACACUUUCCUCGCUGCUUAUGAUAAUUACUUUGAUGAUAAGAUAACUUAUAAGACAGAGUUUGUUAAAAUGAUUGACAAUAUGUAAAACUUCAUGAUAGAAUAAGAGGAAAAGUAAACUCCAAGUGAAAGUGAUUUACCACAUAAUCUAUCCUAAUAAUCACCAAGCAAUGAUAACAAAACUGACAGUAAAAUAAGAGUGUAAAAGUUCACAUACAAUUAAUUAGCAGCAAUGAUGGAAAUCGUUAGGAAUAUUUAUAUAGGUUUGAUUUACACCUCUCUCGGUGCUAAUCUAUUUGGGCUGUUCUUACUACUGAGACCAAAAGCAGAUUAUAAAAACGAUAAUAGCAAACUAUUUCUUAACUCAGCUCUAGCAGCAGUAAUCACAGAGAUUUUGGUUUAUCUUGUCUUUGUUGGAUUAUUCACUUUCUCUGCAUGGCAACUAAAGUUAUUCUACGUAAGCGCUUCUAUGGAUGUCUUCAGCUAUUUUAUGAUUCCAGCUUUGGAUCAAUUCCUUGAUAAAUUUAUUUUUGGCAUUGUCCCUCCCAUUGCAAAUUACGCCUAUGUCAGAGUUUUAUAUUGA